UAUUCACGACUAGUAUUUCCCUUUAUUAACAUAUAUCUUGCGGGUUAUUACUGUCAACAGUUGAUGACGUCGUUGCCUUGUUUAAUGAGUCCCAUGAUGCAUAGCGCUGUCCGUUGCCAGGAUACAGCUCUCUGUAGCUAGCUGAACGAGGGAGAUAAACAAAGUGACCUCGGGUGGUUAGGAGAAGACAUUUAUAACCCAAACCAACAGCUUUCUUCAUCCGUGCUUUUAUUCGGUGUGUUUGUGUCCUCGGGCCGUUACAUCUUCCGGUCCUCCGGUUUGUUGUUAGUCUUUUAUGCUAGGUGGCUAAUGCUAGUCGGUAAACGGGCUUGCCGUUACUAAAUUAAACCGGUGGACGAACGUGUCUGUAACAACAGGAACCACGUCAUAACAGUGUAGUCCGUUAGCUUCUUAUGGAGCGAGCUGACCGGGGGAGAGACUCCCGUCUGCUGAAGAACCAACCGUACGACGAGAGCCUGGAGGUCCUCGACCCGGAGGAGGUACCGAGCCCGACUCAGGUAACAAGAUCCGGUCAUAACAGACCCAGGCCAGGAGGAGGGGGCGUGGCCUGAUGUCGACCAACGGUGACGAGAUUGACGAGGAAGGUGCGUCUCAGAGAGCAAACGAGCCGCCGGGACGGCAGCCUGCCAGUCCAAAUGAGGAGGAGGAGGAGGAGGAGGAAGAGGAGGAUGACUCUGAUGAAGAGGACUCUGACGAUGACGAAGAACCUGGUGAGGCUCCUGAGGGGGUCUACGACCCGGCGGACUACGCCAACCUGCCAGUCAGCACCGAGAUCAAAGAGCUGUUCCAGUACAUCACACGCUACAGCCCUCAGACCGUGGAGCUGGAUCACAGCCUGAAGCCCUUCAUCCCGGACUUCAUCCCGGCCGUGGGCGACAUCGACGCCUUCCUCAAGGUGCCGCGGCCGGACGGGAAAGCGGACGGUCUGGGUCUCCUGAUUCUGGACGAGCCCAGCGUGAAGCAGUCCGACCCAACGGUGAUGUCACUGUGGAUGUCAGAGGAGAGCAAGCAGCACGGAGCCGCCGAGCUGAAGAAGGUGACGAGCGUCCCGAGCCCUCAGACUAACCCCCGUGCGCUGGACAGCUGGGUGAACAGCAUCAGCGCCCUGCACCGCUGCAAGCCCCCGGCCAGCGUGCAGUACGUGCGCUGGAUGCCGGACAUCGACAGCCUGAUGCAGGAGUGGCCCUCGGAGGUCGAGGAGCUGCUGGGACGCCUGCAGCUGCCGCCGGCGCGGCUCCAGUGCAGCACGGCGGAGUACGCCGAGGCCGUGUGCGCCAUGCUGGACAUCCCCGUGUACGGGAGCCGGGUCCAGUCUCUGCACCUCCUGUUCAGCCUCUACCUGGAGUUCAGGGACUCCCAGCACUUCACAUGUAGAGAGUAGACGUGUGUGUGUGAAUAUAAGAUAUAUACACUUAUAUGCUUUUCUAUAUCUAUACAUACUUUUCUUUUAUAUAUUAUUAUUAAAUCGUUAUUUUUUUGU